CUUCCUUGCUAAUGUAUUAUUUAAACUACACUGAGAUGGGCUUUCCUCAUGCUGCUGAUAUCCUGAGCUCCUGCAUUUCUGCUAUUGACCCUGGUUUGCUGGAAGCUGCAUAGCUGUAACCUGAUAACAAUUCACAUAAUUCCCAACCAGUGUAGAGAACAAAAAGAAUUCAUUUGAAUCUGCAGAGAAAAAAAAGCUGAGAACAUAUAAUUGUCAAUAUCCCAACAAUUUAUUCAAAUUGCUAGUAAAUUUGUAGAUUUUGUACAGCAAUUCCUCACCCUGUAGAUAUAAAAUCAUCCAUUGCUAAUACAAACCAGAUAAUGAUGCACAUGGAAGGCAAAACAUUGACUUGUACUGAGUGUGAAAAAAGUUUUACAGUAAAGAAAAGUCUUCUGUCUCAUCUAAAGUCUCACUCAGGAGAGAACCUGCGUACACAUGCAGAGUGUGGGAAAGGAUUUGCAUAUCAAACUUCUUUGUUAUAUAAUCAAAGGACUCACAUAGGGGAGAAACCUUAUAGAUGUACAGAGUGUGGGAAAGUUUUUACACAACAAGCAAAUUUGCUACGUCAUCAAAUGAUUCACACAGGAGAAAAACCUUAUAUGUGUAGUGAGUGUGGAAAAGGAUUUGCACGUCAAAGUACUUUGCUAAGCCAUCAAAGAACUCACACAGGAGAAAAACCUUAUAAGUGUACAGAGUGUGGAAAAAGUUUUGCAAUAGAGAAUAACUUGCAACGUCAUCUAAAAAUUCACACAGGAGAGAAACCUUAUAAAUGCUCAGAGUGUGAAAAAUGUUUUACAGUAGAGUGGAGCCUGCAAUAUCAUCUAAAAACGCAUACUGGAGAAAAACCUUAUAAAUGUACAAAGUGUGGAAAAGGAUUUAUAACACAAUGCAAUUUGCAGCAUCAUCUAAAAAUUCAUACUGGAGAGAAACCUUAUACAUGUACAGAGUGUGGGAUUAGUUUUACACAAAAGGGAAAUCUUAAAACUCAUCAAAGAAUUCACAUACGAAAAUCUUUACAAAAGUAAAUAAAAGAAAAAAACCAAUAUGAACAUCACAUGGCUUUAUUAGUCUUACAUAAUGCACAUUAUAUUAACGGACAUCUAGAAAUGCAAAGAAGUCAAAUUUAUUAUAGAAUACAUGUAAUAUUAAUAUUCUGUAUUUUAUGUAUGUAUAUGUGAAAUAUAAAAAUAUAUAUCUCAAAAUUUUCAAGUUCUUAGUUACUAGCCAGGUCAAAAUGUUACUCGCCACUUCUGAUCCAACCCAUCACAGUGCAUAUGGCAUCACUUAGUCUUUGUCUGAAGAAAACAAUUCAUCAGUAAAUUCAUUUCAAAUAACUGAAUAUGAUUUCUCUCCAAUCCAUUUAGAUACUUUGCUCAGCAUAGAAACAUUAAUUGUAAUGCUUCUUUCCCUAAGAGUUAUCUUCCUAAUUUAUGUGUUGUCUAAAAUGGCAAUAAUAAUAAAAAAUCCCAACAAGCUAUUUAAACAAUGAGACUAUAUUUUCAAUAUAGAUUAAGAACAUACA